AUGGCAGACGAGGAAGCUUCACGCUCGGCCCCGUCCGAACCAAAUGAGGAAGACGAGGAUUUUGAGGCACAAGACGAUGGAGUAGAUGAUGAGGGUACAAUGGACGAGGAAGAAGCUUUUUACGGCGAGGAGGCCGACGACGAGUUGGCCGCGUUGGAAGAGGAGGGAGAUCUGGAUAUAGAAGAAUUGCGCAAACGAUAUGGCUAUGGUGCUGACUUCGAAUGCGAAGAAAAUGGCGAAGCUUCAACUUCAACAGCCUUGGAGGAGCCCUCCGACUCUCCCGACCCUCCCGUAGCAUCAUCUUCAACGAUGCGCCUGCUCAAUUUCUAUGACCAUGGCGAUCAGCAGGACGAGGAGGAAGACAAGGACUACGUUCCGUACGACAAACGGGAGGUCCGGAUCGACCCUGUGCUUUACCAAAUCACGGUGCCAAAAGAAACAUUGCCGAAUGGGACACCGGUGGACGAUUACCCGUGUACGACGUUGUGGAAACCUAGCGAGAAUCUGGCUGACGACCAACUGCUGCUGAUCCAAGAGCGAAUGCGGGCCAAAGACGCGAGCAUACCGCUGGAGAAUUGUUCUGCCACGUUGGCUGUGAUGGAUGCGCCUGGUGACAACGAAGAUCUGCUCUAUACGCUUCACAAGGUCGAUAACAAUGGAAACAAAGCCGUCCAGGAGGCCGCUGAAAAUCGAAUCCGACACGCUAAUCUGCCAACCUUCACGUGGUCUCGAACAUAUCCAGUUGAUGGCAGUUUCGACCACACGGUUGUCCUUGAUGAAACUGAAACGCAGGAAUUUGAGGCCGGCUUCCACGAAUUUGGCAAAGAUUUCUAUCAGAUUCAAAAGAAUAAGCUGGGAAAGCGGAAACUUGGCGAGCUUGUCGAGUUUUACUAUCGAUCUUGGAAGAAGUCUGGACGCUAUGAUAAAUUCGUACACCGGAAGCGAAUUGGCGGUGAACGAGAGGAGCUAAAAGACAUAAAGGAAGCGAUCCAUCAUCAACUUAACACGAUUGGCCGAAGCCGCCGAGCUCGAGAAGUUGAAAGCGCAGGAGCGCGAACGGGCGGAGAG